AUGAAAGGUCCUAGAUGUUGGACAUAUUUAGGAAUUGCUAUAAGAAUGGCACAGGAAAUAGGAUUACACAGAAUAGACGAAUCGCUUGCAAAUUCAUCACAUUCAAUUGUUGAUGAUGAAAUGGCAUUUAUUAAGAAAGAAACUCGCAGAAGGACGUUUUGGCUUGGUUUUACGCUUGAUAGAUUUUCAGCAUGUGCACUUGGUAGACCUCAUAUGAUUCAAGAAUCUGAUUGUGAUGUUCGAUUACCUUGUAAAGAAGAAAUAUGGAAUUUAGAACAUCCAUUCACCAGUCCAAAAAUUGACGAAUUUCGAAAAGAAUCUAAAGAAAAACAAGGACUCCUGCUUAAACUUGCUAAAUGCGGACUAUGUGCUUGCCUUGUUAGUGUUGCCGCUUUACUUGGGCGUGCUUGUCAAUAUGUCAAUAGAUCAAACUCUAGAAAUAUUUCGCAACCUUGGGAUCCCAAAUCAGAAUAUGUUCAACUUGAAGACGAUAUAAAAUCAUGGCACAGUUCAAUUUCGCCACAUUAUGACUAUUCGUUUGAGAAAUUACAAAAAUAUAUGAGCAAUGGUGCAGGUGUGAGUUUUGCCACAAUGCAUAUAGUAUAUCAUGCAACUGUCGUUGUGCUGAACAGACACAGUUUCUCGAGAUCACAACAAAAUGAUGGAGUUACACCUGAUGUUGAAUUUGUAAAAAAAUCUGAUGCAAAAUGUACAGAAGCUGCACGAUUUGCUUCUGAGAUAGCAAAAGAUAUCAUUAGUAUCGGUUGCUCCAACAUGUUCCCAUUCAGUGUCUAUGGUGUAUUUGCAACCGCAUCUAUUCAUAUCAAUGAUUCAUUUAGUAAUGACAAAGAAUUGGCACAAAAUGCAAAAAAAUAUUUGAAAAUUGACGAACAAUACUUGAGGGAUAUGGAAUCACAUUGGGCAACAGCCGGGAAGUUGGCCACGUUGAUGAAAGAAAUGAUAAUAGCUAAAGAAUCCAAUAAUAAAUCUGAUAUAACGCCAUUUUACAAUUAUAACAACAAUGAAUUCAACGGCAGCUAUGACAACAAUAUCAAUAUCUAUAAUAAUUUUGGAGGGUUAGGAAGUGAUGACAUUGGUAUUAUUAAUAAUAAUAUGGUGCCAAUGAGUGACCAAACGUUUAUUAAUGGUGUUGGUGAAUCUUGGACAAGUCUCCUUCGAUCUCCGUACAUUUUAACACCACGUACACUUCAACGAGGAGGAAUAGAUUAUUUUACUCAAAGUCCAAAUGUUUUUGGAAGUCAAUAUCCUACUAUUACAUACGAAAAUGUUCCGUUGAUUGAUGCUUCGUCAUCAUCAACUACUGGAUUUACACCACCAGAGUUUUCUUCUACCAAUACGAAUACUUCUAGAUUCCCACCACUGAUGUAG